AUGUGGAUUUAUGAGUACAUUCAUACUCGUAAAGAUGAAUCAUGUCUGUCUUCAGGCACAAACCCAUCUAACUUAGUUGGUACCCGAAUAUUAGAAUUAUACAAAGAACACAGUAUUGGGAGGUCAAGUAAGUGUACUUUCUGUUUCAAAGAUGACAAAUCCCUAUCUAGACAACACUUAAGUUUUAAAAUGAUUGAAAAAAAUGAUAUGCACAAUAUGACCAAUAAUUGUAAAGAUGAUGCAUUAAUUAAACAAGAAUAUGCUUUGGUGGUACAUAACAUGGGGAAAAAAACAAGACUUAUAACUGGUCAUGAUACUGGGGUUAAUAUGACCACGAAUACAGAUAGUUCUGAUAUCCAUAGGGACGGUAACAAACUGUUUAAAGAUAUUGACAGUAAAGAUAUUAUUACAAUAGAUCCGCCAAACUCGACAACAAAAUAUGGGUUUGAAUUGGGUAAUGAUACUUUUAUCGAGUUUACAUUUUCUCCAACUGUUUGGCUUAUAACAAAUACUGACACUUCUAGGAAGAUUCAUCAAUAUAUUGAGGCUUUGAAUAAUGUUGGCGUAUUUGCGGUUUCAGAUAUUCCAAUCAAAUUUAAACCUGAUUUAAUGAUUAUAACCAAAACACCAAGUGACUACGAUCCUGAUAUUAAAAAUAAUACUAAUAUACAUUCUUAUUAUUUGAACUACCUAUACGCAUUAACCAACAGAAUAAAUAUUGUGGAUGAAACAUUUGUAAAAAAGUUUUUGGAUAUAACCCAGUUCAAUCCACUACAAUUAAGCUCUUUAAUAAACCAAUGCAAAAUACUUACAUAUGAUUCAAAAUUGGAUGCUGCAAUUGACAAGUUACAAACAAUGACUUUUAACUUUGGCAACAAUGCUUUAAAAAGAUAUGUAGAAAAAUAUAUACCUGCAAUGAAGCAAGAUACAACGAGUAUUAAUUAUUCUGGUAAACUUGUUAAUAUAAGUACACUUCAAGAUAUUAAGGAAAUAGUUGAAUGUAUAUUAAUAAAUGAUUUUAGCGCAAUUAUUACGAUGCAAGAUCAAGACACUACAAUUAAUCGUACUGACAACGACAACAAAAGGAAGAGAAGAAGACCAAUUGAAAAGUUAGAGAAUAUGAUGUUAAGAGAAAAUUACAAGGAGGAAAAAGAAGUGGAACCUGUGGUAGCAAUGAAUGAGACAAUUCAUAUCAAUGGAACUAAUAAUACUAAUACGCGUGGAAAUAGUAGCGUUGAAAACAAAAGAAAGAAAAAAAAAGUUUUGCAAGGCAUUGAUGAUAUGGUAAUAUUUAAUGGAAACCUGGAUUCCAGUGAUAAUAAUGGCGUGACUGAUCGCAAUCGAAAUGGUGUAUCCAGCAUUAAGAAUAAUGAUAAAAACAACAUGAUAAAUGUUAAAAAUAACAGAAUUACCAAGCGCAUUACCAGUACUAAUAAAUCCAAAGUUAUUCCAUUGAAAAGACACAACUCUUUUUCGAUUUCAGAACAACAGGAACAAAAGGAACAAAAACCAAUAAAUAAUUAUGAUAUUACUCAAUCUAAGAAUGUAAUACCUCCUAAUGACUUGAAUUCACGGAAAAAGGAGUAUAUAUUAAAUAACAACAAUACCGACAAAGGUAAAAGAAGUAAUGAACUAUCAGCGAAAAGAAUGAAGAGUGUAAUCGAUGAAGUUAAAAGUAAAGAAAUCGAUAAAAUAACCCGAUCGACAACAUAUGCGACAGUAGAUGAAGCUGAGUUGACAGAAGAAGCUAUCACUAACUUUGCAGCAAUGGCAAUCGUGGUUGCACCUGCUAAAAAUAUAAUGAGGAAAACCAAUAAUUCACCAGCAUUCAAAAAACAGAACCAUGCUUCACCACAAAAAAGAAAGAACUUUAAAAAGUUUGUCAAAGUGUGGCCAAAAAAAAGUGACGAUGAACCGCCAUCCAACCAAGCUGCAUCAAUUGUUAAAAAUAAGGCAUAUUUAAUCACCAGAAAUUUUAUACCGCUAAAAAAUUACGAUAGGAACUCAAGAACACACAUACCAGAUUCUGAUGACGAAUUUUUAGAAAAUGGGAACGCCAGUAGCAAUUUUAGUGGUAAUAUAGUUAUUGAGAAAGAAAAUUUUAUUGAAUCUGCAAAUUACAACAAUCAUAUUAAUCAUGAUGAUGAUAAUAACAACAACAACAAAGAAAACGGUCUCUUUGUUACAGAACCACAAGAGUCUAGUCAAGAUUUAGAAUAUUUUAACUCACAAGAUGAAAAUAAGUUUUCCUUUACCCUACAAAGAAACAUUACUACCGUUAGAAAUCCUGAUGUUUUGUCACGCACACCAACACCUACGGUGUUACCAGCGUAUACACAUUGUUACAGGAAUAGAACAAGUAAUGAACUAAUAUUGGAAUCAGAGAAUAAAAACUGUGUCGAUGGUAGCAUUAAUGGGGAGAAUGGGAUAAAAGAUCAUAAAGUAAGAAGAAUCGCUAAAAAAAGAGAAUAUCACAAAUACGAGGAUGAUGACGAUGACGACGACGAACCGAGUUUUAAAUUCAAAUCUAAGUCAUAA